AUGGCCAGCAGGACGACGACGGGUCUGUGUUCUCAGAAGCAACGACAAAUCUCAUCGUCCAAUUUCUCACGUGAGGAUGAAAUGACCUCUCAUCAUCACCAAGGUCAUGAUCAACAACAACAACAACAACAACAACAAAUACCACCACUUCAACCACCACUUCAACCACUACCACCACGGAAGGACGAAAGAACGAAGAAGACUCUUCACCCUCUUCACGUUGUUGAUCAGGCGAACAACCACAACAACAAGGCUUCAUCAGUAUUCAGUACGCAAACCACAACAACAACAACAACUUUGAACAGGAAUAUCUCAUCAUCAUCACCAUCCAGAAAUAGAGUAUCGUCAUCAUCGUUAUUAUCUCUUUCCACUAUGAGCGAAAAUAUACCGAGUGAUAGUACAAACAACAACAAUAAUUACACCACGCAGAUCCUCAAUAGUAGUACUACUAUUACUACAACACUACAAGGCAAUACUAGUAAUAGUAAUUUUGAAAAGGAUGAUCAACAGAAGGAAAUGGACCAUUCUCGAAGGCAAUAUCACGACACUCUGAAUGAUGCUAUUCCCGAGAAAGAUUCACUCCAAGGUUCGUAUGAUCAUGGAGAAUCUUGUUGUGAAAUGUUGAAUGACGAUGAUAGUGAGGAUGAAAACAAACCAUUGAGUUCAUCUGCUUAUUCUAUUAGUGUUACUUCGUUUCAAGCACCACCAUCCCUCUCAACCUUUGUAUCGUCCAGUAGGGAAGUUUAUAAAAGGUUUUUGGGAAUCGACAUGAAUGGAGCGUUUGUCAUUUUUGUGAUACUUCUCAUUGUGGUGGUGACUUCAGUCCUAACAUUGACGAAUAUCAACAAAGCGGCAAGUGUAAAGCCCAUCUCCAACAGUGACCAAAGGUCAACAAAUAUUUUGGCACCUUCCAUGGAUAAUCUUCAAAAUUCUGUAAAUACCCUUUCCCAAUUUAAAGAAUUAUUUAAUAGGGCAGACAUGGUGAAUCCAACAAAUUCAUCCUUUGCAUUUUCGACCUUCUUGUCAGUUGCCAGCAAUGAAAAACUGGCGUUUGACUAUACAGUAGGAGUUGUCACAUUAUUUCAGAGUGUGAUCUCGAACACAAAUACAAAUUAUCCCUUCGUUGUGGUGGUCGUACCUCCAAGAAUUAAUCAAGCUAAGGGAUUGACCGAGAGCGUCAUUGUGAAACGGACACUCUUGACAAUUAGCGACAUUCAGAACUCAUUAAGGCCAGAAGAACUUCCUCGUAUGCGUUUUGUGAUUGCUUCCUAUAUUUCAAAUCCAACAGAAGGAAAGCAUGCAGUUGCCAACAAUGUUGAAAAUCGUUACAUUGACACCUUCAACAAGCUUCACAUGUGGACAUUAGAUGAAUUUAAUUUCAAAAGGGUCAUUUACUUUGAUGCGGACGUUGUGGUAUUGAAUCCACAAAUUGACACUCUUUUUCAGUGUGGACACUUUUGUGCAGUGAGUGAUUUGUGCAUACCAGAAUUUUUCAAUGGUGGUUUAAUGGUUUUGGAACCAAAUGCUGAAACGUAUCGAGAUAUGAUUGAAAAAACAAGACAACCCGAGUAUAAGAGCUAUGACGGUGGAGAACAAGGAUUUAUUAAUCGAUAUUUUGACUUUAACACCAAUAGCACAGCAUGGCCAUUGGGAUCUCUGGCGACGAGAGCCAAACAACAGCAAGGUAGCGAUGCCAACCUACCUUAUGAGAAUUUUGAAGAAAUUGCACGUUCAAGAAAUGUUCAAUCCUCUGUAUAUCGACUUCCUUUCAAUUUUAACGUUCAAUCUCAGUUGGCCUUACUAUCGAGCAUUGGGUGGUACAAGUUUGCAUCGGAAGCUUUCGAUGAUGGCCCCAUUGCACUCCAUCUUGUUUUUCCAGCCAAGCCUUGGACCUUUAUUGGAUACCCCAUGCUAUCUCCCAGUUACUUGUGGCAAACCUAUUUCAGAAAAACUGCACUGUACAGAAUUGUUCCUUGGGAAUUGUUGUUAUUGAAUCUUUUAUUGUGUUGUUUUGCAGCAUUGAUCAUUAUUAAGCAAGUUGGAAAAAUUGAAUUACCGUCUCUUCUACUUUCGAAUUUAUUUGGAAACAUGAUUGAGGAUCAUGUGAAACAUUUUAAGGAUGGAAAAGAGAGCUGGAAAAGUUACUUGUUUUUCAAUUUCAUGCCCGUCUGUGUGGUGAUUUUUUCAUGCCUAUUUUGCGCCUAUAUUUAUUUGGCACUACUAAUGAUUCAACAAUAUGACCCUCAUGUGAUUUGGGCCAUGAUGAUUCUCACAAGUGGAUCCAUUAGUACCGUUAUUUUGGGACUAUACACAAAUGUGUUGUCACAUGCCACUUUCUUGCACUUUUCAAAACGAACUUUUUCUCUGAAAGUUGGCCAAAAUUACAAUGGGAAAAAGUAUUUUGUUUGGCUUGCUGGAAUAUUAUUGUUUGGGAUGAUUGGUUGUGGAUCAGUUUUUUUAUUUUGCAUGCUUACGAUUGGAUUAUUCGUUUUGCAGAUUGUUUAUGCCUCUCUUAUAACCUUUCCAUUUGUGAUCUUGCUCUAUUUGAAAGUAUUGAAACCCAUCUCUCAUUUAACAAUUAUCAGAACGUUACAAUGCUUGACAAAAGAAGGAGAGAAAAAUACCCUCUUCAUGAACAAGCUUGCUGUGUGA